CUCAUAUCACUAUUCAGUGUAUGUGGAUAAUGUUUGCUCCCACGUGACAGAUCUAGACUCGCUGAUCCGCGGGGAAGAUCGCUUGCUUGCUCUGCAUCCCUUUGAUUUUUACACCUUCUCUCGCUUGUCUCCAGACAAACCAAUUCUCCAAUGCGUUCGAUGAACUUGCCAUCCUCACCCCUGUCGCAUCCAUGGACAAACUCCCGGUAGAAAUACUCUCCAAAAUCAUCGACUAUCUCACCCCCCGAGAGCAGGUACAGCUACAAUCAGUCAAUAAACGACUCUUCGGUCUCGCCCGCGACAACAAUCGUUGGCGACUCCACUGCUAUGAAGCGUCAUGGACCGCAACCCAGGCCGCUCGGCCGGCCGGACGGACCCCCGAAAGCCUCGUCUCGAACACCACCCCGCUGAGCUCCCUCGGCCAGACCUCCCUGCGCUCCCUCAUCCAGCCGCAUAUGGCCGGCGUCGACGAGCUAGCCUCCUCUCCGUCCUUCAGCGAACGUAACAGGGCAGCCGUGGAAUGGGACCCGUCUGUGGAAGGCGAAGAAAGAGACUGGUACUCGGAAUACAUCGCGCGCAAUGGGCCCCUCUCGUUCAGCUGGCUGCAGCAGCCCUUCACGCGAAAUAAGAACAGACGGGACUAUCGCGAGGUUAAAGGCAUGGCGCUGCUGCGUGAUUGGAGCUCCGCGAGGGAGAACAAGGUCGUUGCCCCGCUGGAUGACGGUAGUGUGUGCAUCUGGGACCUCAAUCAUUCGCAUUCGAUCGGCUCCCAGGCGACGAAAGGCAGGGUCCUCGGUGUCAGUGCGCCGGGCAUCUUGAUGGCUGAUUUGUCCGGACGCAUGGGGAAACCCUCCGCCUCGCAGCGGUUUAUCAACCUCGGAGAGACGAUGAGCGUCGAUUCGAUCCGGCGCCGCGCGUACAUGGCCGUCGGCAAUGUCCUCAACGAGGUCGACCUCGAAACCCUCAAGGUGGUGUCCCAGCAGCGCUACGUCUGGUCCAUCUCGGCCCUGUCUCAGGAAACGGACUACUCCGCGCCCCUGACGCUGGCUACCACGCUCGAGGUGCACAUCUAUGACGCGAGGAUGUCCGCCACCGAAGAAGAAGAAGCCAUCCAUCUCCGCUGCGAAGAGCCCGUCACCCCGCUCGUCCCCCAAUCCACCAUCUACUCCCCGCCAGACUCCCCCCUCCUCCAACUCCAGCCCGACGGGCGCCCGCCCCAGCGUAUCCGCCGACCCGGACCCCCCGAAAAAAGCGACCACUACGCCCCGCUCUUCCAGCCCAGCCCGCUCUCCCUCCUGCAUCCGCCCGCCCCCUACGUGAACUCCAUCUUCCUCGCUGGCCGCUUCCCCAGUAUCCUGCAGUACGACCGCCGCUUCUUCCCCCGCCUUCAAAGCACCGUUCACUCCGGCGGCAGCCUCUGCGGCCUGACCUCCGUUCCGGCACCCCAGUUCCCCGUCUCCUCCGGCGGGCCGUACCCCUCGUCGCACAGUGUCGUCGCCUGCGGGGAGUACAAAGGCCGCGGCUCUCUCGAGCUGUACAACCUCGCCCCUUCCCCUCUCCCAUCUCCGUCCUCACCCAGCCCAUCAGACUGGUCCUCGCACCUCUCCCCAGGCUACCAAAACCGCCAAAGCGCCGCCCGCUCAAAGGUCCUCUCCGUCGAGUCCCACGGCUCCCGCGUCGCCUUCUCCGACGCAGACGGCAACAUCAAAUGGGUCGAACGAAACGGCCGCUCUGAAAUCCGCCGCUUCAAUCUAGCAUCUGCCCCUCCCCACCAAGCUUCUCACUCCCACAUCUCCGACCCCGACCCCGACGACGAUAGCAGCGACAGCAGCAGCGGCGGCGGCGGCAUCUGGAAAUCCCACUCCGCCCCCGGCGACGUCGCGCAGAAAAUCCUCUCCACAGGCGGAAACCUCACCGGCGACGAGCUGCUCAUAUGGACCGGCGAACGACUAGGCCGUAUUCGCUUUUCUGCUCCGUCAAAAACCCCUCCUUAUCCUUGUAUCGGAGAUGAAGACAGCGACAGCGACAGCGACAACAGCCUGGAUGCCGAUAUGGAUCCCCUCGCGCGCGAAGAAGCCCGCAAGCGGAAGCAUGAGUACGCGCGUCGCGAGAGGGACUAUUCGCGGGCGAUGAGGCGCGCGCUGGAAAGGCAGGCGGAUGAGGUGAGGAGGAUGCAGGGGUUGGGUCUUUAAUAUAUCUCUUCGGCUUUUCUAUGUCUCUAUAUUUUGUUGUGAUGUUUGGGAGUGUAUGAUCUUUGUGGGAUUGUUGUUUCUGGCGUCGUUUGGUCUGGUUUAUACUUGCAUUGGGUGGUGUUCAUUUGGGGCUGGAGACUGCCUGCUAUACUAUACUACAGCAUACUAAGUAG